AUGGGACAGGACUCGACUUCUCGCCGAAGCGUACUUGACGACUUUGGAAAAUACUUCUCUCAGCUUAGCGGAAUCGCCAAUGGUGCUCUGCGCCCGAUAGCUCCUGACUCUGGGUACCCCUCGCCGAGCAUGGAUUCUACCCCGGGGAUUCUCCAGGACUUGGGAGAACUGGAUGUCAAAGAUGUAGGAACGGUGCUUGAGCUAGUUAAGAAUAUGGCUAGUGGUGCGCCAGUGGACGAUAAAAGGUAUAUUAUGGAAAGGGUUAUCCAGCUGGCCUCAUCGUUACCUACUGGAUCUCGGAACGGCACUGCACUCACGAAUUCUCUGCUAGGUCAACUUUGGAAUGACUUGCCUCACCCGCCGGUAUCAUAUUUGGGCCGGCAGUUUAUUUAUCGACAAGCUGAUGGAUCCUACAAUAACAUCUAUUGGCCUCAAGUCGGAAUGGCAGGAUCCACCUAUGCCAGAAGCGUGCAGCCGAAAUUGGUUCAACCUGUUUCACGUCCGGACCCGGGUUUAUUAUUUGAUGGCCUCCUAGCCAGACGGAAAUUUAGGGAGCACCAAACCAAGCUGUCGAGUAUGCUCUUCUAUCUAGCAGCUCUGAUCAUUCAUGAUCUGUCUCCAUUGUACGGGUGCAAUCAGGAAGAGCAAGAUCAAGUCAGAACCUUCAGAGAUGGGAAGCUUAAGCCCGAUUGCUUCUCCGAGAGACGAGUAGCUGGUUUCCCUCCUGGUGUUGGUGUUUUACUUGUUAUGUUUAAUCGGUUUCACAACCAUGUUGUUCAGAACCUCGCGGCUAUCAACGAAAAUAACCGCUUUCGAAAACCGGAUACUAAUGACAAGGAAGCGUAUGCGAAGUAUGAUAACGACCUUUUCCAGACGGGGCGUUUAAUUACCUGCGGGCUCUAUGUGAACAUCAUUUUGAAAGACUACGUUCGAACCAUCCUCAAUGUCAACCGAACGGACAGCGACUGGAGCCUUGACCCUAGAUCAGACUUUAGGGAGUUUCUAAGCCACAAGCCUGUUGCAGAAGGGGGCGGCAACAUGGUUGCGGCUGAAUUCAAUCUUGUCUAUCGGUGGCACUCUUGCCUCUCAGACAGGGAUGACCGCUGGAUGCAAGACGUGUUCAGGGAGGUUUUCGACGGCAGGGACCCAAGUUCUGCCAGCACGAUGGAGUUUCUACGAGGUGUUUCAAAGUGGGAGAGCUCUCUUCCCGACGACCCUAUGCUCCGAACUUUUGCAAAACUUAAGCGGACAUCCAAUGGAAGUUAUAAUGACGACGAAUUGGUUGAAAUCUUAAUAGAAAGCAUCGAGGACUGUGCUGGGACUUUUGGGGCGAGGCAUGUCCCCAAGGUUCUUCGACCUGUGGAAAUCAUGGGUAUUCUUCAAUCUCGAUCGUGGAACCUAUCUACCCUCAACGAAUUCCGGAAGUAUUUCAAUCUCACGCCGCAUAAAACAUUUGAAGAUAUCAAUUCAGAUCCCGAGGUUGCAGAACAGUUGAGACACUUUUAUGGCCAUCCAGAUAACGUUGAGAUAUACCCUGGGAUUGUCGUUGAGGAAGCAAAGGUUCCUUUGGUGCCCGGAAGUGGGCUCUGUGCUAGCUUCACUAUAUCCCGAACGGUUCUUUCCGACGCUGUUGCUCUCGUGAGAGGAGAUCGAUUCUAUACCGUUGACUAUACCCCACAAAACCUUACAAACUGGGGUUAUACCGAAGCAGGCCCCGAUAUGGCGGUCAAUCACGGCCACCUAUUCCAUAAACUCAUAUUCCGUGCGUUCCCUAGUCAUUUUAGGCCGGACUCGGUCUAUGCGCAUUUCCCAUUUGUCGUGCCUACCGAGAACGAAAAGAUUCUAAAUGACUUGGGUAUCGUUGAUAAAUAUUCCUGGGCCAGGCCGGGCCCUAUGCCCCAUCCAACAAUGAUACAUUCUUACAGCGCUUGCAAGUCGAUUUUGAACAACAAGCUGGAUUUCAAAGUCACCUGGGGCGAUAAGAUUAAAUUUUUGAUGAGACGUAGUCAGAUCCCGUACGGAGCUAACUUUAUGUUGUCCGGAGACGAAUUCGUGCACGAGGAAUCCCGUCAGAUGAUGAAGAAGGCUCUAUAUAUCGACGACUGGCACAAGCAGGUCGGGGACUUUUAUGAACGAAUCACCCUGAAACUGUUGCAUGCAAAAUCACAUCGAAUUUCAGAAGUUAACCAGGUUGACAUUGUUCGUGAUGUCGCAAAUCUAGCGCAGGUUCACUUCUGUUCAAAUGUGUUUUUACUGCCGCUGAAAACAGAGGAAAAUCCGCAUGGCAUUUUCACAGAGACUGAGCUCUACUCGAUAUUAGCCCUUGUCUUCAGUUGCAUAUUCUAUGACGCCGACCCGGCCCAAAGCUUCAAGCUUCGGGAGAUGUCUAGGAGUGCCACCCAGAAACUGGGACAACUUGUGAUGUUGAAUGUCCAGGUCAUUUCGAAAACUGGUUUCAUCGGGGGUAUUAUCGACAGAUUACAAGCCAAUGAGGCAUUGGCGGACUAUGGAAUCCACAUGAUACGGCGUCUCCUGGAAACAAAGCUGCCAGCUGACGAACUUGUCUGGACGCAUAUUCUCCCCACAGCCGGGGGCAUGGUUGCGAACCAAGGCCAGCUUUUCUCGCAAUGUCUUGAUUACUACCUAUCACCGGAGGGCUCAAGCCACUUGCCAGAGAUACGCAGAUUGGCUCAUUUGAACACGAAGGAAGCCGAUGAUCUUCUUCUAAGAUACUUCUUGGAAGGAGCUCGAAUGCGAUCCACUGUAGCCUUGUUCCGGGACGUUGCUACCAAUGUCACGGUCCAAGACCACGAUAAAGAGCAAAGCUUGCAGACUGGACAACGAAUACUCUGUAACUUGGUAUCUGCAUGCAAGGACCCAGAGGCUUUCCCCGAGCCCGACAAGGUCGAUCUCACCCGCGAUCUUGAUUCGUAUAUCCACCUCGGAUUAGGGCCUCAUGAGUGCUUGGGGGCAGGGAUGACUAAAGUGGCACUGACAACUAUGCUAAAGGUUGUGGGUAAGCUUGAAAAUCUUCGUCGUGCGCCGGGACCUCAAGGACAACUUAAGAAGAUCCCUGGACCCGGCGGAAUCACAGCGUACAUGUCUGAAGACGAGAGUCGGCUGUCUCCAUUCCCGACCACGAUGAAGGUAUUGUGGGACGCUUUUGAAUGCAAGUUUCGUAGUGAAUAUCAAUUUCCCCAGAGUGAAUCCCGCAAGUUGAUCUCAAAUUCAACGGCGGUCCGGAGGAUAGAAAGUCCGCGCCGAUGGGGCGUGUAA